AUGGCGGUCAUCGACCCGCGCGGGAUCCAGAUCCAGGAGCACCAGCGGCGGCGCCACAGCCUGCCGGCGGGGGGGCGGUGGGAGGGCCGAGCGCGGGCCCCCGGUCGGGCCCCCGGUCGGGCCUCCAGGCGGCCCCCGGACCCGCCCCCGCCCUCCCGCAGGAAGAAGCUGCAGGUGAUGGUGUGCAUCCUGCUGGUGGAGCUCUGCGAGAGGUUCACCUUCUUCGGCAUCGUCUGCAACAUGAUCCUCUUCUGCACCGUCAAGCUCGGCUACGACAACCGCCAGGCCGCCACCGCCAACCUGGCCUUCGUGGGGGUGUGCACCCUCACCCCCGUGCUGGUGGGCUGGUUCGCCGAGACCUGCCUGGGGAGGACCAAGGUCCUGUUCCUCUGCACCCUGCUCCACUUCUUCGGCACCGCCAUGCUGCCCGUGGUGGCCUUUCCGUUCGAGGACUUCUACACGGACACGCACCACGCCACGCACACGCUGGAGCACGGUGAGCAGCAGGCGCUCUUCUACACGGGGCUGCUGGCGGCUGCGCUGGGCAUCGGGGGCAUCCGCGCCAUCCUGUGCCCCCUGGGAGCCUACAGCGUGCAGGGCUACGACCACCACAGGCUCUUCUCCUUCUUUAACUGGUUCUACUGGCUAGUGAACCUGAACUCGACGGUGGUGUUUUUGGGGAUCGCCUACAUCCAGCAGUCUGUGGCCAAAAACCUGGGGUUCCUCAUCCCCUUCACCUCGGCUGUGCUCGGCAUGCUCGCCAUCCACAUGGUGCGCCAGAACCUCACCUUUCGCCCCAAGAAAGGCGGGUCGCUGAUCACCACGCUGGGCGUGUUCCUGUCCUCGCUGAAGAUGAGCUGCCUCAGGUACGGCUACCUGAGCGGGGAGGUGGGCAGCUGGCUGGACCGCGCCAAGGAGAACAACGGGGGGCGCUACAGCGAGGCGCACGUGGAGAACGUCAAGAUCAUGUCCCGCCUGUUCCCUCUAUACGGCCUGCAGCUGCUGUACCGCACCUGUGUGGCCCAGAUCCCUUCUGGAUACUACCUCCAGGCCAUGCACUCCAACCUGAAGCUGAACGGGUUCCUGCUGCCCAUCGGGGUGAUGAACGUGAUCAGCAUCCUGCCCCUGCUGGUGCUGUCCCCCCUGCUGCAGUGCAGCACUGCUAGUGCUCUGUCCCUGCACAGGACCCCACUGUCCCCCCACACGCUCAUAGUGGCGGGACACGUCUGUGCUGCCCUGUCGGUCCUGGCCGCGGGGGUGUCGGAGAUCCAGAGGAAGGGGUACCCCCUGGUGGAGCAGUCCCUUUCCGGCAAGGUGCUGCACGUCUCCUCCAUGGGCUGCUUCCAGCUCACGCCCCAGUACGUCCUGCUGGGCCUGGCUGAGGCCCUGGUGACCCCCGCCUGUUCCCUGCUCGCGUUCCGUUUGGCCCCAGGCAGCGUGCGAGGGGUCUCUCUCAACCUGCUCAGCCUCUCCUACGGGGGCGGCUGCUUCCUGGGGGCCCUCAUUAUCCAGCUGGUCUACCUGCUCUCCGGAGGGAACUUCUACCCAGACAGUCUGAGCGACGGAAACGGAAACUUGGAGCGGUUCUUCUUCCUCCUAGCAGCAUUAAUGGCGAUAAACACGCUGGUGUUCUGGAGAAUAUCGUACAGAUACAGUGAUCUGAGUGUGGAGCUGGGGCAGGGGGGGCGGAGCCACCUCGCUGAGAAGCUCCUCCAGCACAAGAAGUGUCUGCGUUUCUACGACACCGUGGAGCGCUCCUACACCCUGGCCUCCAUAGAGACCAUCCUGUGACCCCACCCACACCCUGGCCUCCAUAGAGACCAUCCUGUGACCCCACCCACACCCUGGUGUCCAUAGAGACGGUCCUGUGACCCCACCCACACCCUGGUGUCCAUGGAGACCGUCCUGUGACCCCACCCUCACCCUGGUGUCCAUAGAGACGGUCCUGUGACCCCACCCACACCCUGGUGUCCAUGGAGACCAUCCUGUGACCCCACCCACACCCUGGUGUCCAUGGAGACCGUCCUGUGACCCCACCCACACCCUGGUGUCCAUGGAGACCAUCCUGUGACCCCACCCUCACCCUGGUGUCCAUGGAGACCGUCCUGUGACCCCACCCACACCCUGGUGUCCAUAGAGACCAUCCUGUGACCCCGCCCACACCCUGGUGUCCAUAGAGACGGUCCUGUGACCCCACCCACACCCUGGUGUCCAUAGAGACGGUCCUGUGACUGCGCCCCCUACAGGAGGGCUGUAACGCUGGCGUUACGUACAGUAGUGACGGACAUGUUCAUGUGAGCCUGGUACUAUUCUUACAGUCUGUUUGUAUUUAUUCUGUACAGCUAAAGCUGUGAAUGACGCUAAAUGUGAACCUUUUUGCAACGUCUGUAUAUAGCCUUUGCACAUUCUUACAUUAUUGUUAUACAGUAAUAAAACGGAUCGAUAAAAAUCGCCAACCCUGAUGAGCCAGU